AUGUCCUCUGUUCUUCGUCGAAUACGACGAACUAACAAGAAAGCAGCAAAAUAUCGAUUUACUGCAACUCUGGAAGAACUUCUAAUUGUUGCUUCUGACAAAUGGAAACCGAGUACGGUCGUCGUCUCAUUUAUGCACAGAAGAAGGAAAAUAAGCGCGAAAGAGAGGAAAUGGGAGGAGUCGUUUUCGAAUCCGGAUCAGACAGUAAUUAUGUGGCCAGAGCAGGCUCCCGAUCAUAUCGACAUUCUAACGACACUUUACAGAUCGCAACAUGACGAGGAGUACGAAGAUAAAGAAUGGACAAUUGUAGUGGAAGAAGUAACAGCUAAAGGGAGGCGUAAGCCGAUUGCAGCAGUUCCGCUUAAUAUCCGUCUUUUCGUCAUGGAUCUUCCUGAUCAAAAAUCUGAAUUAAAGUUGAAAUUACGACCACUUACCCCUCAUCUCAAACAAUGCAGUUUAGUGCUGCUACUCUCAAGCCAUUUGCUCAAGGAGGGCUUGUUAUAUAAAACAUUUCUUGUCAGAAUUACUGUGUUGAAUAAACAAUCAGCAAGACUCAUAUCUGCAGGAAGUAUUCGCCCUCAUUGGAGAUCAUCCAAUGAAGACAAGGUAGUGUCCCAAGAUCACAAUAACUUCACGAAACCUUCAACGCAAGCAUUUUUUGAGGUGGUUAAUCUCAUUGAUGUUUUUCAAUAUUUCAUCGUUUACGUCUUUUAUUGCAGGACACAUUCUCCACGUGCACCAUCACGCGAACGCGCUCCAGAAAAAGUUGAAGGCGAGUCUCUUCUGGCUUGGACUCAACGGGUUACUUUCGGAUACCAUGGUGUUAAAGUGAACGAUUUCACAAAGUCAUGGAGAAAUGGGUUGGCGCUGAAUGCAUUAUUACAUUCGUACAGACCGGAGCUGUCCGGUGACUAUGAUGCCUUGGACUUUUCUGAGACUAUGAAUGGUAGAAAAUCCAAUGUGAAAAAGGCUUUGGCUAUUGCGAGAGCUAUGGGUAUAAGUGAUAUUCCGGAUGAGAAUGACAUUUUAACUCCCGAUAGUAAAACCAUCAAGCUUCUACUCGAAAGGAUUCGGCGUAUCUUCGAGGGAGUCACGGACUUACCAACCCCAACGUCAUCGUCUGAUCAUAGGAUCUCUCAGCUUUACCAUAUAUCUGAAGCAGAGAAAAAGGUACGUUCGGUAUUGCUUUUGUUUCCGGUUUGUUUAUAUAUGGUAUGUCUAGACAGUAUGAUUAAGGGACGUACCAGUAGUCCAUCGAAAAAAGAAGAACUGCGAAAGAAAGCUCGAGAAAUGCUUGACAAUUCCAUGACGGUGGCAUCAAUGGGAACGGUGAAGAUUUUCAGUGUAUAUUUAAGAGUAAAGGAUAGCUCAGUUUUAGAAUCACCUCGUAGUGGUGCUAGUCCAUCAACAUUUGAUCGAGUGAGAAGGUAUGGCAGCAUGCGAAGUCAGGAACUGAGAGAGGCUAUGGCUCAGUUUGGAAGACAGUAUGGGAUCAACGACUUCAGCAGUGGUUCACAAACAUCAGUCAAUGCUACUCCUACAAGGAAAGUGGUAUCUCAAUGGGAGAAAGACGUGGAUGAUGUCGAAGGUACUACUCUCGAACAGCAGAAGAUCCAAGAGCGGCUAAUUGAUGUUACUGCUCAGGCGAGCGCAAUUCAGGCUAAGAUUAGAGAAACAGAGCAGAGUAGUUCCGAAGAACAAACUUUGCUGGGAACUUAUAUGAACCUUACAAACGAGAAAAACUCUUUGGUUUGUCUAUACAUUGAUGUACAUAUAUAUUAUUUCAAAACUGCUGAAGAGAAAGAUCGAACGGAUGAGUUGAUGGAGUCGUAUAUGAAUGCUAUACAGAAUAAAGACGAUCUUAUCCAGAAAGGUAACCGAAAAUUAUUUAAUGGAUUUGUUACCGACUCUUCAUUACAAUAUUUUAGAUUGGAGGACGAAAAUCGCCUAAAAUCAUUAACUCUCGAGCGAGCAAGUAGUUUUGUACGAGGUAAUGAUGAGCCUUUGACGGCUAGUAAACGAAUCAUAACAUGGCUCAGGGGAUAA